GGGAAAGCCCAGCUGCCAAGGUUUUCAACCACAUCCUCCGCUGCAACACCUCUCAUUUCUUAUUCUACAGAGGCUAACGAUGAGGUCUCUGAAAACACAUGAAAACAGAGGUCUCUGUGUCCCACUGCUUCGAUUGCAACGAAAUGACUUGUUUGGGCAUGCGGCUUGCCAUCGCAGUUCAGACGGGCGAGUAGCAGUAGCAGUUCUCCGUUCAGCAUGAAGUUCACGUGGCUCAUCGGUUCUACCUUUCUUCCUUGGACGUGUGCCCAACACGCGGGCACGGUCGUUCCAGAAGAGUCACCGUCGCUGGUGAUCCAGGAAUGCACCAAAGCGGGAGGUUGCCAAGAUGAGAAGGCCGGACUCGUGCUGGAUUCGAACUGGCGAUGGGUUCACAAUGUGGGUGGCUACCAGAACUGUUUCAGCGACAAGGGAUGGAAUCCUACAUUUUGCCCAGACCCAGAAUCUUGCAAGAAGAAUUGUUCCUUGGAAGGAGUCACAGCAAAGGGCUACAAGAAGACCUAUGGCGUGCGCGAGAUUGAUGAUGGCAGAGGGGUGAAGUUAGACUUCAUGACACAGGGCGGCAACGUAGGAUCGCGGCUCUAUGUCACCGAUGGGGAGGAGUCCUAUAAGAUGUUCAAGCUUCUCAAUCGGGAGUUCACUUUGGAUGUGGAUGUACACAAGCUCAAUUGCGGCAUGAAUGGAGCUGUCUACUUCAUUGAAAUGGACAAAGAUGGGGGCAAAGGCAAGGACGGCAACCUUGCAGGGGCCAAGUUUGGCACAGGGUACUGCGAUGCUCAAUGUCCUCAUGAAAAGUUCGAAACAAAUGCAUCCCGUGGUAUUUGUUGCGUGGAGAUGGAUAUUUGGGAGGCCAACAAACAUGCGACCGCAUUCACACCUCACCCCUGCAGCACCGUGGGACCUCAGAAGUGUAUGGGGGACAUCGAAUGUGGCUAUGGUGAGAACGGAGAGCGCUGGAUGGGCCUGUGCGACAAGGAUGGCUGUGACCUGAACACCUACCGUAUGGGAGCCAAGACGUUUUACGGUAACGGCUCCAGCUUCGCAGUGGACAGCAACGAGCCCUUGACGCUGGUGACCCAGUUCAUCACCCAUGAUGGGACCGAUGAGGGUAACUUGACCGAGAUUCGACGCUUGUACAUCCAGCACGGCAAGGUGAUCGCCAACGCGGCCUCGAGAAUCCCCAACGUCACAGGCAGUGCCAUCACGGAUGGCUUUUGCAACGCACAGAAGAAGGCCUUUGGAGAUUACGAUCAUCACCAAAAGUUGGGUGGCUUAGUGUCAAUGGGCGAAACCUUGAAGCGUGGAAUGGUCUUGUCCGUGUCCAUCUGGAAUGACUAUGCGACCCACAUGGCCUGGCUCGAUGCCUCCUUCCCCCCCGGCGAGAACGCCUCGGAGCGCUUGGGGGUUCUGCGUGGACCCUGCAAUGCGACCCUGAGUAAUCCGACCGUUUUGAGGCCCAAAAACAAGAACGGAUGGGUGAAGUACUACAACAUCAGAUAUGGUGAGAUCGAUUCCACUUAUUCUGCUAGCGGAUCUGCACGACGCUUAGACGACAUAGGUGCUGUAUUCGUGUGAAGCAGACAUUUCCAGCUUCCAGCAAGUUCUUUUGGACAGAACUUCGGUGGUCUACGCCCUGAACAGUGCGAAUUUAGACGCCCCCCUUUGCAUGGUUUUGAUGUUCUCGCAGGUUUCACGGGUUGAAGUGUGCAUGACUAUCAAGCAGCCAAGUCCAAA